AUGUUUGGCGAAAAAAAUUCCAAUUUAUGGACCUUUCAACGAAUUUUAUUAUUUGCAUUUCUUUUUCGCCUUCUUCUUAUUUAUUAUGGAAUUAUUCAUGAUUAUCUCUUUGAUGUCAGUUAUACAGAUAUUGAUUAUAAAAUAUUCUCGGAUGCAGCAGAACUUAUACGGAAAGGUAAAUGGUUGUUUUGUGGAUUAGAUGUAUUCGUUGGACAUUUAACUUAUCGCAUCAUUUGUUGUGAUAUCCAUCAUAAGAUCAUUACCAAAAAAAAAGAUUUUCAGUCCAGUGAGAACUAUUUAAUGUAUUGUGCAAAAGGUUGGGUAUUAAUAUUUUGGUUAGUCAAUCCACUAACUAUUGUGAUCUCAUCGCGAGGAAAUGCUGAUGUAAUCGUAUGUGCAUCAGUCUUGCUAACACUUUAUCUUCUUGCACGAAAUGAGUGGUUAAAAGCUGCUUUCGUUCAUGGAAUAUUCGCUGUGCAUUUUAAAUUAUAUCCUGUUAUUUAUUUGCCGUCAAUAUUUUUUUAUUUAUCGAAUGUUCACUCCGCAAAAGAUUCUAAUGAUUAUUUGAGACGGAUAUUUUACAACACCAGAGGAUUUAUUUUCAUUUUGAUUUCCAUCUUAUGUUUUCUUGGAUUGACUGGUUUAUACUUUGCAUUUUUCGGUUAUCGUUGUAUACAAGAAUUUGUUUUAUAUCAUGUAUCACGCACAGAUACGAGGCAUAAUUUUUCUCCUUAUUUUUAUAUAUUUUAUUUGUCGAAAGAAAAUUUUAAAUUAUCGCAAUAUAUUGGCUAUUUGGCUUUUGUUCCUCAAGCAUUUUUAAUUUUUUGGUUCGCCUUCAGGUAUCACAGAGAUUUACCAUUUUGCUGGUUUUUAACAACGCUUGCUUUCGUUUCAUUUAAUAAAGUUUGUACCAGUCAGUAUUUCUUGUGGUACUUAUGUUUACUUCCGCUUAUACCUUCUCGACUUAAUGUAGUUAAGAUUAAGAUACGUGUAGUUUUAGCUGAGUUGGAAGAAAACAAUGGUUCUCUUCUUUUGGUGGCUUUUUGGUCAAGAGAGAAAAUGGUGUUCUAUUUAAUUGGCAUAGGGCUGGGUGAUAUUGAGGAUAUUACUGUAAAAGGUUUUAAAAUAGUGAAAAAGUGCGAGAAAGUAUAUCUGGACUCAUACACGAGCAUUCUUUCCUAUGGGUUGGAUCGAAAAAAAUUGGAAGAAUUUUAUGGCAAGGAAAUCAUUGAUGCAGAUCGCGAUACAGUGGAGCAAGCCUCAGAUGUUAUUCUGGAGAAUGCUUCUUCUCAGGAUGUUUGUUUACUUGUUGUGGGUGAUCCUUUUGCUGCCACAACGCAUACCGAUUUGGUUUUAAGAGCUAAACUAUUGAAUGUUCCUGUACAAAUAGUACAUAAUGCAUCAAUUAUAAGUGCUGUAGGCUGUUGCGGAUUGCAGUUAUACAAAUUUGGUGAAAUUGUAUCGAUUGUGGCAUGGACUGAAAAUUGGCAACCAGAUUCAUUUUUUGAUAAAAUUAAUGCUAAUAAAGAAAGAGGAUUACACACUUUAUGUCUUCUUGAUAUCAAAACAAAAGAGCAGUCAGUUGAAAAUCUUAUGAAGGGGCUCAAAAUUUUCGAAAAACCCAAUUUUUUGACGUGUUCAAUGGCUGCUGAGCAACUUAUAAAAAUUAUCGAACGAAGGGUCGCAACUGGGAGCAAAACUGGGGAAAUAUUUUCAGCUUUUUCCUCAAGAAAUAUGUGUGUUGGUUUGGCGAGAAUUGGUUGGCCUGACCAAAAAAUUGUUUUCUGUUCACUGGAUGAUAUGUGUGCUAUCAACUUGGGACCUCCACUUCAUUCACUAAUAAUACCUGGUGAUUUACAUCCUUUAGAAAUUGAGAUGUUAAAAACGUUCACCUAG